GUUCCCAGAAGCAUUGACUGGAGGAAAUGUGUGGAUUUACCUACAUUGUGCAGUUUCACCUCUCUUCAUUAUCUGGCAUCUAGGAGCCAAAGUUUAAUCAUAAAAAGAGUUCUACAGAACAGGAAUUCAUGGGAGUUCAGAUGAAGCCUGUGUUGCUGGGCGCUGCGUUUGCUGCUGUUGCUUGUACAACAUUCAUCGCUCUGAUUCUCUCUCUUGCUAAUCAUCACACUUUGGAUCUGCCACACUCAACACAGUAUGGGAUUGUGUUUGAUGCCGGCUCCACUCACACGGCCCUCUUCCUGUACCAGUGGCUCGGGAGCAAAGAGAAUAGCACUGGAAUAGUCUCCCAGAGUCUGAGCUGUGAUGUAGAUGGUGAUGGCAUAUCCAGCUAUGUCCAAAACCCUCCAGGUGCAGGAGAAAGUCUUAAGAAAUGCUUGGCUGUUGCCAAGGCAGCAAUACCAUCAGGACAGCAAAGGGCCACACCUGUGUAUCUAGGUGCCACUGCAGGCAUGCGACUUCUUAGCUUAGAGAACAAGAGUCAAGCAGACAUUAUCCUUGCAGAGGUCACCAAAACAAUCCAAAGUUAUCCUUUUGAUUUCCGAGGGGCCAGAAUACUCACUGGCAUGGAGGAGGGGGCCUAUGGCUGGAUCACCAUAAACUACCUCUUCGAGAGCUUUAUCAAGCACACUUUUGAGGGAAAGUGGGUCCACCCUAAAGCAGGACGGAUCCUUGGAGCUCUAGAUCUGGGUGGCGCAUCAACACAGAUUUCAUUCACCCUCAGAGACCCCGUGAGAGUUCCAGAAUCAUCUUUUAAUCCCAAGCUCUAUGGCUACAAAUAUGAGGUGUACACUCACAGCUACCAGUGCUAUGGCAAAGACCAAGCAUUGAAGAAGCUUCAGGCUUGGCUUCACAAGACUGCUGGAGCAUCAUCUGUUGUCAAUCACCCAUGCUAUCAUCAAGGAUAUAACUUAACUCUUACUUGGGCUGAACUUUACAACUCUCCUUGUGUGGUCACACCAAACAAUUUUAACGCUACAGCUAAGAUCACCUUCUCAGGGACCAGUAAUUCUUCCCUCUGUCUUUCUCUAAUGGAGAACAUUGUUAACCUAACUGACUGCACCUUUUCUCCAGACUGUGGCAUUGAUGGGGUCUAUCAGCCUCCUGUAAAUGGGGAAUUCUUUGCUUUCUCUGCAUACUUCUACACCUUUGACUUCCUUGGCCUUGCCCCAAAAGCUCCACUAAACCAGGUUCUUUCUACUAUUGACACUCACUGCAACAAAACCUGGAACACUCUUGUUGCCCAAAAUCCAAGCAUUAAAGCAAAAUAUCUGAGAGAUUACUGUGCUUCUGCUCAUUAUAUCAUGACUAUUCUCCUGAAAGGACUCAAGUUCAAUAACACCUGGGAUCAAAUCUCUUUUGAGAAACAGGUUGCAGACACAGCUGUUGGUUGGACAUUGGGCUACAUGUUGAACCUGACAAAUCUGAUUCCUUCUGAACAUUCCAGAGCAAUAACAGGGGUGUCACACAAUCAAUGGGCUGCUCAGACUUUCUUUAUCGUCUCUGCCCUCUUCCUCAGUCUACUUAUAGUCAUUCUGUUUUUAGCACUGAAAAGUUGUAAAUUGUUGUAUAUAGUUAUGUAGGUGUAUAAACAGUUUGUGGUUUGGUUUUAUAAGUUUAUAUGUUGUUUUUAUUGUAUUCAUAUGUUCAUGGUAAAAGGCAUUUGUUUUAUAGACUGGGUAAAUGUUUCAAAUUAAACAUCAAUAUAAUAUAAUGUAAUGUUUUGCCAAAAAAAAAAAAAAAAAGUCUUCAUAUGUGUUUUGAGUGGUAUUUCUGAAAUUAGUUUUGUUUAUAUCAUAUACUGUAACCCCCCCCCCAAAUAAAAAAUUUUUUUUUAAUUAAAACAGGACAUGGUUAGACAAGUGGCUUUGGCUCCACAGUGUUUCUUUUUCAAUGUCAUUUCCUGCCCUCUUUUAUAGAUUCUUGUAUUGGAAUCUUUCAUACAAAAAAAUAAAAUAAAAAAAAAAUAAAAAAUACUCUAGUUGCUUUCUGAUAUUUUGAGCUACUCUAUUUUUUAUAGGAUAAUAAAGAAUAAAUACUAUAGUAUUUUUGAUUUAUUCUGACUGUCAUACAUCAAAUUCAUAUGUGUCAACUUAUAAAAAAAUCAAGACUAAAUGUACUUUAUAUAUUUGUUUACUCAGAUCACUCCACCAAUGGAGUUCUGUGGUACUGCUUCCAAACAAAUAGUUACAGACAGCUCAUAUUAAAACUUAUAAACUCAAAAUUUUGCACACAACUAUGUUAGUCAUAUGGCUUUGAUUUUCUUGCAUUUUUUUAGGGUGAAUCAUAUUUUUUAAAUAUAUUGUUAUAAAAAGGAAAUAAAAAUGUAGUGCAGUGUAUUUUUAAUGAAAUAAACUUAAACUGAUAUAACUUUUUUUUUUAAUUAAUUUUUACUAAUUUCACUUCCACAAUAAAUGUCCAAGUGUCUUAUUUAAAAAGACAUUUAGGCCUGUACUUCCAAGCAUUCAUGAGUUAUGACCAUUUAAAUUUGAGUAUUUCAUUUUUUGGCCUAUGCUCAAAAAGAGGUUUGACAUUUAACAGGUUAAACGUGGGUUAAGUAGUAAGUUAUUUAUUGUUUUGUUUUGAAGAUUGACUAGUUAUACCUUUAUGAUUUAGUCUGUAUUAGCUAAUAACCUAUGCAAUUGUUUUUCUUUUUUUUUCUUUUUUUUUUUUUUUUGUCAUAAACUCAGAAUUGGAAGGGUUUAAUUUACUUUAAUCUGCUUUUAUUUGUAUGGAUUAAUUUUCACUUCCACGCAGCACUUACAGUUGGGCUUAAAACACUUAGAGUCAUAAAAUAAAAAUAUAGUUACAUUAUAAUGUGUGAUAUUUUAAAGAGUAAAAACAAUUUUUGCUUUGUACAUAUGAGAAUGAAUGAGAAUGAGAAUGAGCUUUAUUGCCAAGUAUGCUAACACCUACAAGGAAUUUGUCUUGGUGACAGAAGCUUCCAGUGCACAAACAAUACAGCAACAAGACAGAGAUAAUAAUAAAAAAUAGAAUAAAAAUAAAAAGUGAAUAUAAAAUAUAAAAUGCAGAAAUUGCAUCCACCUUAGGCAAUGAUAUAGGCAUAUAAACAUAGUAUCUAUAAACAUAAACAUUGUAUAGGCAUAUAUGGGCUUUUGUUUGUGCUUUUUUUGUAUGUGAAGUGUUUGUGUAUGCAUGUAUGUAUGUGUGUGUAAGUAGGUAUGUACUUAGCUAUAAUUUGAAUAGGAAAUUUGU